AUGGACCUCGUGGGGCUGCUGAAGUCGCAGUUCCUGUGCCACCUGGUCUUCUGCUACGUGUUCAUCGCCUCGGGGCUCAUCGUCAACGCCCUGCAGCUGCUCACGCUCCCCCUCUGGCCCUUCGACCGGCAGCUCUUCCGCAGGCUCAACUGCCGGCUGUCCUACUGCGUGUCCAGCCAGCUGGUGAUGCUGCUGGAGUGGUGGUCGGGCACGGAGUGCGUCAUCUACACCGACCCCCGGGCCUACCCCUGCUUCGGGGAGGAGAGCGCCAUCGUGGUUCUGAACCACAAGUUUGAGAUCGACUUCCUCUGCGGCUGGAGCCUGGCCGAGCGCUUCGGGGUCCUGGGGGGCUCCAAGGUGCUGGCCAAGAAGGAGCUGGCCUACGUGCCCAUCAUCGGCUGGAUGUGGUACUUCACCGAGAUGGUCUUCUGCACGCGCAAGUGGGAGCAGGACCGCAAGACGGUGUCCCGGAGCCUGCUGCACCUGCGGGACUACCCCGAGAAGUACUUCUUCCUGAUCCACUGCGAGGGGACGCGCUUCACGGAGAAGAAGCACCAGAUCAGCAUGCAGGUGGCCCAGGCCAAGGGGCUGCCCAGCCUCAAGCACCACCUGCUGCCCCGCACCAAGGGCUUCGCCGUCACCGUGAGGAGCCUGCGGGGCGUGGUUUCAGCUGUAUAUGACUGUACACUCAAUUUCAGAAACAAUGAAAACCCCACCCUGCUGGGCGUCCUGAACGGAAAGAAAUACCACGCAGACAUGUAUGUCAGGCGGAUCCCCCUGGAGCAGGUGCCAGAGGAGGAGGACCAGUGCUCGGCCUGGCUGCACAGGCUGUACCAGGAGAAGGACGCCUUCCAGGAGGAGUACUACCGGACGGGCACCUUCCCCGAGACGCCCAUGGUGCCCCCGAGGCGGCCCUGGACGCUGCUCAACUGGCUCUUUUGGGCCUCACUGCUGCUCUACCCCUUCUUCCGCUUCCUGGUCAGCAUGGUCAGCAGCGGCUCCUCCCUCACGCUGGCCGGCUUCGUCCUCGUUUUCUUCGUGGCUUCCAUGGGCGUCCGAUGGAUGAUCGGCGUGACGGAGAUCGACAAGGGCUCUGCCUACGGCAACAUGGACAGCAAGCAGAAGCAGAAGGACUGA